AUGUUAGGGAGCGAUGCAAAAAUAAAAUGGAAAAACACAAAGGAUACGUUUAGAAAAGAACUACAAAAAGAACCAAUUAGACGUUCAGGUGAUAGCGGGAUUGAAUAUAAAUCUAAAUGGCCAUUUUUUCAAAUGAUGAUGUUUGUAAAGGAUUCUUUACUUCCUAGUUCUAUGUCCGGAAAUUUAAAUGUUGGAGAACCAGAUUCAUUUGCAUUACAUGAAGCUACUGAUGAAGCCAACGAAAGUGACCUUGACGUAACGGGUACAUCAUUUACUGAUGUGACAUCUCCGUCUACAUCUACGUCACAUUUAACUCCCAAGUUACUUUAUUAA